AUGGAAACUAACUCCACUGGUGCUCCUGCAAGCCCAUCUGGUCUUUCAGGAAGAAAACAUACCCAUCAACACCACCACCAUAAUGCCCUCCCUUCUACCUCUACUCUUGUAAUUAUCAUACCCAUUAUCAUAACCAUCUUGCUCCUUGCAAUACUACUACUGAUAGUGAUGCUCCGCCGCUUACAAUCUGCAAAAAACAAUGGCAGCACCAAGAACAAUGGUAUCCUCAACAACAGUAAUUGGAAGUUCAUUUCUCAUAGAACCAUUAACAUCAAUUCAAGCCCCGAUGUGAAAGGUGGGUGCCUAUAUGGAGGAAGUUCAGGCUGUCUGUCUCAAACUAAGUUUAGAGUGGUCCAAGUUUUCACCUACAAGGAGCUUGAAAUAGCGACAGAGAAAUUUAGUGAAGCAAAUGUGUUAGGAAAUGGAGAGUAUGGAGUGGUCUACAGAGGGGUCCUGAGUGAUGGAACCAUGGCAGCAGUUAAGGUGUUUCAUAGGGAAGGCAAGCAAGGGGAGCGUGCAUUUCGUUUAGAGGUGGAUUUAUUAAGCCGCUUGCACUCUCCUUACCUAGUGGAUCUUCUGGGCUACUGCGCAGAUCAACACCACAGGCUUCUAGUAUUUGAAUUCAUGCCCAACAACACUCUUCAACACCAUCUCCAUCCUCCCAACAGGCAAUCCCUGCCGUUGAAUUGGGGUAGCCGACUAAGAAUAGCCCUUGAUUGUGCCAGAGCCCUUGAGGAACUCCAUGAACACACCGUGCCAUCAGUCAUUCAUCGCAAUUUCAAAUGCAGUAACAUUCUCUUAGAUCAAAAUUUCAGAGCCAAGAUUUCGGAUUUCGGGCUGGCAAAGAUAGGUUCAGACAAGAUUAACGGUCUGAUUUUGACCCGCGUGUUGGGGACCACAGGAUAUUUGGCCCCGGAGUAUGCUGCAACAGGCAAGCUCACGACAAAGUCGGAUGUAUACAGCUACGGCGUGGUUCUUUUAGAGCUCUUGACCGGCCGUGUUCCAGUGGAUACCAAGCGCCCUCCCAGAGAAGAUGUCCUUGUCUCAUGGGCUCUUCCAAGGUUAACCAAAAGAGAAAAGGUAGGGGAAAUGGUUGAUCCGGCUAUACAAGGCCAGUAUUCCAAAAAGGAUCUGAUUCAGGUAGCCGCUAUUGCUGCCAUGUGUGUGCAAACAGAGCCAGACUACCGCCCGCUAAUGACAGAUGUUGUGCAGUCCUUGAUUCCUCUGGUUAACAACCUCUCUUCUUCUGCAUAUGCCUCAGCCAAUUCCUUCGGAUUUAAUCCAACUGUGAGUCCAAGGUCUUAGGGGCUGUUUGGAAUUCCAUUGGCCCAAUCCACAAAACAAGCUGUUCUAUCUCAGCAACACACUUUCUUUAAUGCAACGGUUUUAUCACAUCAUUAUUGACAUGCAAGUGGUAUUUCCAACAAAUUGGGUACCAUCAUCUAAUUUUGGUGAACCACACUUGAUUCAAUAACCACGACUAUUCAUAAAUUCUAUUUGACAUUUCAUAAUUAAUUGAUGACAAGACGUGUCAAUGACAACACAAUUUCACCGUUGCAUCGAAUAUUUACUCCUUCAGCAGACAUGGUUGAUGAAUGGGAACCAAAAGUCAUAAUCCGUAGGCCACUUUGUUUUUGUUUUACAGAGGGUA